AUGUUUAAGAAAUUUAAAGAUAAAUUGGCUGAAGAAGUCAAAUCAUCGCCUCAAAGAAUACAACAGUUUGCACAAGCUGCUCAGGCAGCAGUGACUUCUGCCUCAAGCAGUAUAUCUGAUAUUACAAAUAAUGAUUUGUUCUCUAUUGGAGAUAAUGAUGCCACAAAUAAAAAUCGUAUUCCAAGUAACAGUCAGCAAGGACCAUUUCAUGAAGUACCUCUAAGUCACACAGGAGCACCACAGCCUAAUAUUCUUUUAGAUUACUCACCCAAUCAUGAGGUUAAUAUGGAUAGUUCAAGACAGAGGCGGUUAUCAAACAGUUCAUUUGCAAGCGACAUCUCCUUCAGAUUACCUAGUUAUGAGAGUCCAUCUAUGUAUCACUUGCAGUCGGAUAUGGAAGUGUCAGCAAGUGAGGCUGAAGAUAAAGGAUUUCCUAGUGAAACUGUCAACCUCGAUAGGGUAACGAAGGAGCAGUUGUAUUCCGCUUACCGGAGGACACAAGAUCGAUGUACUAAAUACAAAACACAGUAUUCAGAUCUUGCAAGACAUUAUAAACUACUGGAAAGAGAAAACGCCAAAGCAAGGAAUGUCUUAGUAGAGACACAGGAUAAAGCUUUGCGACGAAUAUCAGAACUAAGAGAACAAUGUUCUUUAGAACAAAGUGCUAAGGCUCACCUUGAAAAGGCCCUCCGAAUAGAGAUUGAAGAGAAAAAUAUGAAAAUAGAUACUCUAAAUACACAACUCAAUUAUCUAAAAAGCAAUAAUAAUCCUAAUGAAGAACAAGUUAUAGAAAGUAAUGCAGAAAAAGUGAAAGAGAAAGGUGAUAAUGAAGCUUUGUUGAUAAAUUUAUCCACUGAUAGCAAUGAUAACAAAUCUAGUGACGAACCUGUAGCACCUGAAGUCACGGUAUUAAACAACAAAAUUGAAAAAAUGGAACAAUUGAUAAGUAAAUAUAAAGAUUCAUUGAAAACUACGAAGGAAAAGAAUGCUCAGUUGACAACAGAAUUACAAAUAAUUUCAACUGAACUAGAGUCUAAAGUGAAGGAAAAUGAUCAAUUAAAAGCUGCAACCAUAUCACUAACUGAAGCUAGGAAGAAAAUACAAGAAUUAAAUGAAAAAAUUGAAGACCUAGAAAAUAAAAAUAACACAUACGAAUUUUCAAAGAAAAAAGAAAUAUCGAUUCUUGAAUUGAAUUAUAAAAAUGCGCAAGAAGAAAUUCAAAAAUUACAAGAAAAUGUUCAAAUACUAAGUAAGCGAGAAGAAGAAUAUGCUAUAUCAUUGGCAGAAAACAAAUUAAGCAUUCACAAGGAAUUAGAAGACAAAGAGAAGGAAAUAAAGUCCUUAAAGGACAGUUUGGAGACCAGCCAAAAAGAAAUUCAAUCACUCAAUAUUUUGAACAACGAGUUUAAAAAUAAUAUUAAACAGUUAGAAGAAGAACGGUUAAAGUUAAAAGAUGAAAUUAAUAAUUUAAACGUUGAUAAGGCAAAAGUAGAGGGAUUCAAAUUAGAUUUAGAAAAUCUUGCACAAAAAUGUCAAGCUCUUGAAAAUGUAAAUAGUAAAUCUGAGGAAGAAUACAAAUGUCUGCAACUGCAAUUGAAACAAGAAACGGCUGAAAAAUUAGCAAUGAUUGAUAGGAAUUCCUACUUAGAAAAUAGAAAUAAGUUAUUAAUUGAAGAAAAUACGAAAAAAAGUACUAAAAUAAAAGAAUUGGAAGAGGAAAUACAAACGCUCGAGAGAAAUCUGGAAACGUUAAAUUCUCGAGCAUCAGAGGAGUCUUGUGAAGCCAAGAAAUAUAUUGAAGAUGUUGAUAAAUGGAAACAAAAGUGUAGCAGCUUGGAAUCUGAGAUUCAAGAAGAAAGAAUUGAGUUAAUAAAACUGCAAUCUGAAAUAGAAAAGCUUUUGACUAAUUAUGAAUUAGUUCAAAAUCAUAACAUCGAAUUAAAGAACAAAAUAGAGGAAUUGGUUUCAGAAAAUGUGGUAUUGAACCAAAAGGUUGUCCAACUUGAGCAAUUGAAAGAAAAUUGUAAAGAUUUGGAAAAGAAAGUAUCUCAAUUACGUAAACUUAUAAAUAUGAGCAUAGAUGAAUCAAACAUGUUGAAGAAUUUUAUAAACAAACAUUUCCAUAUGUUAAAAGAUAAAAUGAUGUUGUUAGAUGAGGGUUUAAAGAAUGAUACCAGUACAAAAAUCUCCGAUGAUUUGAAAGAAACCAAUCAAUCUUUACUUCUUGAGAUAAAGACUAUUUCAGAUCAAUUUAAAUCCGUUAGCGAUGAAUUAAAACAAAGGGUGUCUGAAAAUGACAACCUUAAAGUAAAAUUAAAUCAAGCUGAAUCAGAUUUAAAUUUACAUGUACAAAAUAUAGACAUUUUAAAAAAUGAAAAUCAAACAGCUCUUAAUAAGUUGAGUGUAUUGAUAAAAGAAUCUGAGAAUUUUAAUGAUACCUUAAUGAAAUGUAGAGAGGAAACUGCAGCGACAAUCAAAGAACGAGAUCAAGCCAAAGAAGAUAAAGAAGAAGCGAACAAAAAACUCUCUCAUCAUAUAAAAGAAAAUGAGUCUUUAAAAGACCAAGUUGAUAAAAUUAAUAAUCUAUAUAAAAAUUCAGUUGAAAAAUUAGAUGAUUUGAAUAAAGAAAUUGGUGUUUUACGUGAUAUAAAAUUAAAUUACGAAGAGAAAUGUAAUACUACAAUUACAUUACAGAAACGCAUCGAUGAACUUAUUCAAGAAAAUGCGUCAUUGAAAAAAAUGUCUGAAACAAUUGCCAGUGCUUUAGAAGGAAUUGAGUCUGAAUUGAAAGAUGUACGUAAAUCCCAUACCGAAAUUGAAAUGGAAAAAGACCAUUUAAAUUCUAUCAUAGAGAAACUAGAAAAGAAGGCAGAUGUACUAAAUCAUGAUACACAAACUGAUCAUUGCAAUGAUAAAGAAUUACUUGAACAAGAAAUCAAAGAUUUAAAAGAAGCUAAUGAGAUAUUAACUCAUGAAAAUGAACAACAAAAGAUAACAAUCAGUAACACUGAUGAUAUUUUGAGUAAGCUGAAUGAUGUGAUGAACAAUUACGAUGUAUUAAGAGAAGAAAAAAGGCGUUUACAGUCUGACAUAGAAGGUCUACAAACACAUUUGACUAAGGUUUCAAAGGAGAAUAGCAAUUUAAACGACAGAUUGCGUGAGUUGAUCGCUAGCAGCGACAAUGUAAGCGAUAAAAGUGAGAAAUCCUCAUAUGAAUUGCAAUGCUUGAUGGACGAAGUUAAAGCCGGACAAGAAAAAAUAGAGAAUCUUAUUAGAGAGAAUACUUUACUCGCAGAAGAAAAUUUAGAACUUAAAGAUCAAAUAAAUACACAAACAACCGAUAAAACUUCCGUAAUGAAUGAUAGUAAUAAAUAUAUUAGCAGUGAUAAUGUAAUGGAAAAGAUAAAUGACUUAUUGGACACCAAGAGAACAUUGGAAAAAGAAGUAACAGACUUAAAAUUAAUAAAUCAAUCAGUCAGCGGGAACAUGCAACAAGUACAAGCAAAUAAUGAAAAAUUAAGAUUGUCCAAUGACAAACUGGAAAGAAGAUUAGAUGAGGCUUUAGUUAGUUUAAGGCAUUUGCAUUCUCUGCAAGAGAAUACAGAACUAGAAUAUCUUAAAAACAUUCUAUAUGAGUAUCUCACAGGAUCUGGGACACAUUCCAUAACACUCGCCAAAGUGUUGGCCGCUGUAGUAAAAUUUGAUGACCGACAGACAGAAGCAGUUUUACAAAAAGAAAAAGAAAGACAAGGCUUUUUGCGGCAACUUGGCAUUAUUUGA